UGGAACGCUCGCGCAUUUACCUCGGAAGCGUCAUCACGUACGGACAACUUGGAUUCGACUGUGGGCCAGAAGAGGCGGAGAAACGGGAAUGUUGAUGUUGGUUGUAUUUAUAUAUGUUGUCAGAGCUAAAUAGAAGACUUUUGUUUUCAUAAUCGAUCUUAAACGAGCGUCAGAAAAGUGGAAAAGAACUGUGGCCAAACCUUGCCGUUACGUAACUGUGUCAACAGGAUCCUGUAAAACAUCAACAUAGUACCAUGGAGUUCCCAGAGCUGGGAGAACAUUGCUCAGAAAAGUCCUGCAAGCGUUUGGAUUUUCUACCCAUGAAGUGUGACGCAUGUGAGGAAAUCUUCUGUAAAGAUCACAUUACUUAUGCAAACCACAAGUGCACUUCAUCUUACAAAAAGGAUAUCCAGGUUCCUGUGUGCCCCCUCUGCAACACCCCAAUCCCCAUUAAGAGGGGCGAAAUGCCAGACAUUAAGGUGGGGCAGCAUAUGGACCGGGACUGCAAGUCUGACCCAGCACAGAGGAAGAGGAAGAUAUUUACAAAUAAAUGUUCAAAGGGAGGCUGCAAGCAGAAGGAAAUGAUUAAAGUUACAUGUGAUCAGUGCCAUUUAAACUUCUGUCUCAAACAUCGACAUCCUUUGGACCAUGACUGUAAGGCUGACAGCCACCCAAUGUCCAAGUCUGGACAUUCUGCUUUACUGCAGUCCCAAGGAAUGACCCCUAGCAGCACUGCUGCUUCUAGCAGUAGAGGAAGCUCCAGAUCUGUGCCCAAUGGCUUGAACAGCCCAAGGACUCAGCAUGUCAGUGUUUCCAGAAGUCAUUCUGCAGCAGACCCAAAUCCCUCCAUGCCGUCGAUGUCUGGACAGAAUGUCAUAUCGCCAUCCUUGUCCUUGCAGGCUGGAAUGACAGAGGAGCAGGCCCUGCAGAGAGCCCUGGAGAUUUCCUUGGCUGAGUCAGCAUGUGGUGCCCAUGCAGCACUCAGCCCUCAGGAACAGGAGGAUCUAGCUCUUGCUCAGGCCCUUGCUGCUAGUGAGGAAGACUACCGACGCCAGCAGCACAGACAGCAGGUAUCAAGAACCCUUAGCAGUCAGUAGCAUGCUAACAGGACCUCUCAUAGGGAAGGGAGUCGAAGCAGUCCAUUUGUAGCCUGUCAUAACACCCCCGUUCAGCUGGACUUGCACUGAGUGAGCCUACCAGCUUCCAACCAGUGAAUGUCUGACCAACACCUUCCGGUUACCAUCGGCAUUCUUGCUGGGCAUCUUUCAUGUGACCACAGAUCAAAGUAUUGAUACACUUGAUUUGAUUUGAUUUGAAAUACAUGCUGAUCACAAAUGUGUUGGCUCCUGACCAAUAUAUUUUAUAUAUUCACCAUGUUAAUCACAAAAAUACUCAUAUGUUUCUUGAAU